CAGGUAGCCCGGAAGAUGGCGGCGGCGGCGGCGGCCGGUGGGGCUCUGUGAGAGGAGCGGCGGCGGGGCCGAUGCCGCGGAGCUGGGGGGCGGCGGCUGCCGCGGGGGCUCCCCGGAGUCGCUGAGAACCUCGAGCCCCUCGUUCGGCGCCGGGCCUCGGUCCGGGAGCGGACGGCAUGCGGCAGCGCGGGGGGCUCGGCGGGAGCGCCGGGCGGCGGGGGGGCGGUGGCCCGCGGCUGCUCGGCCCGCGACACCUGCUCGGGCUCGUCCUUCUGCUGUGGCCGCUCGUGGGGAGCGGCGAGGCGGCUCCGCUGCCGGCAGCAGGUGCAGGAGAAGGAGCUACAGCAGAAGUUCCCUCAUCUUUUGUGAUUCUGUCUCUGUGCACUCUGGUAGUCCUGGUCAUUCUGCUGGCAAACUGUGUCUCCUGCUGUAAAGACCCCGAGAUAGAUUUCAAGGAAUUUGAAGAUAACUUUGAUGAUGAGAUAGAUUUUACACCUCCAGCAGAAGAUACUCCAUCUGUUCAGUCUCCAGCAGAAGUGUUUACUCUUUCAGUUCCCAAUAUUGCUUUACCAACUCCCUCCCAGUUUCCAUCUCGUACAGAUGGAUCAAAGUCUCAAGUUGCACGUCAGAGUCUAAACUACAUCCAGGAAAUUGGAAAUGGCUGGUUUGGAAAGGUUCUCCUUGGAGAGAUCUACACAGGCACUAGUGUAGCAAGGGUAAUAGUGAAGGAGUUAAAGGCAAGUGCAGGUCCCAAGGAGCAAGAACAAUUCUUAAGAAAUGGAGAACCAUAUUACAUUCUUCAGCAUCCAAAUGUUCUCCAGUGUAUUGGGCAAUGUGUGGAAGCCAUUCCUUAUCUCCUAGUUUUUGAGUUCUGUGACUUGGGUGACCUGAAAACUUACAUCUGCAAUGAGCAGGAGCACAUUAGAGGAGAGUCUCAGAUAAUGCUGCUGCAGAGAAUGGCGUGUGAGAUUGCUGCUGGCCUCGCUGUAAUGCACAAACACAACUUUGUGCACAGUGACUUGGCCUUACGGAAUUGCUUCCUUACAUCCGAUUUAAAUGUCAAAGUAGGAGAUUAUGGUAUAGGAUUCAGUAGGUAUAAGGAAGAUUAUAUUGAGACAGAUGAGAAGAAACUUGUUCCUCUGCGAUGGACUGCACCUGAGUUAGUAACAAGUUUUCAAGACAGACUGUUAUCAGCAGAGCAAAAUAAAUACAGUAACAUAUGGUCCCUGGGUGUGACGUUGUGGGAGCUGUUUGAGAAUGGUGCUCGACCUUACUCAGACUUCUCUGACAGGGAAGUCCUAACCCAUGUCAUCAAGGAGAAGCAGGUUAAACCCUUCAAGCCACGUCUGGAGCAGCCAUACUCUGAUAGAUGGUAUGAAGUUCUGCAGUUCUGUUGGCUGCCUCCAGAAAAGAGACCCACGGCAGAAGAAGUGCACAGACUUUUAACUUACCUCCGCAUGCAAAGCCAAAGGGACUCAGAGAUUGAUUUUGAACAGCAGUGGAAUGCUCUGAAACCAAACACCUCAAACAGAGAAGCAAGUAAUUCUGCAUUCCCAAUCUUGGAUCACUUCACGGGAGACAGACUUGGCCACGAGCUGGAGGAGGUUCUGACUGUAACUGAAACAAGCCAGGGUCUGAGCUUUGAAUACAUCUGGGAGGCAGCUAAACACGAUCACUUUGAUGAAUGUGGACAUGUGAAUCCUGACGAAGCCAUGAACUACACAAGUAUUUUCUAUCCAGUGGAGGUUUUUGAGAGGUCACUUUCAGAGCAAGGACCAGGAGCACAGGAUGGAAGUGGUCAAGAGGCAUCACUUGCUGUCCCUGGGGUGUUACCUGUGUUUGAUGCACACAAACUUUCUGUUGGAAAUGACUACUAUAUCCAGUUAGAGGAGAAAGGAAGUGGCUGCAGCAUGAAUUUUGAUAACCAGUCAGUUGUAUUAACAACAGAAGUUGAUCAUCAAGAAGCUGUACAAGAAAAAAGUUCUCAUUUCACGGUUCUCAGGGAUCUUGAUGUUGAAGAAUCUAGUACCGAUGGGGACUUCUUCCACUACAAUACAGAUCCUAAAGAGGAAUUUUUAACUGCUACCAAUAGUCCAGAAAGUCCUUUCCAGAGUAUAUUUAAUGACAUUGAUAGAUCAGAAGAAUUGAGAAAUAGAAAAAUACUUGGGUUUGCUGAAACAAAUGAUUCUCCUAAAGACUUUAAACCAGCUGUUUUGAACUCAAACACAGAUGCUAGAAAGGCAGUAGGCUGUUCUGAGAAGGAGCAUUCUAAACAUGCUUCUGAAAAUGAAACAGUUUCCUUAUGUGAAAAUAUCUCUAACCAGUCAGAGCUGGUAACUUUAGAAGAACUUUCUGAUAACUUCUUAUUUCUUCAAGAGAAAAACUUACUAACAGGGUUAUUGCCUAAAAAAACCAGCAGUGAUUUUGGGCAGUACUCAGAUGAUGUUCUAAAAAGUAUAUUAGAAACCUCAAAAAGAAACUCUGUAGAGCCUGAGCCUGUGCUGACUGAAAAUGCACAGGUCUUUUCUUUAAUACAUGAAAGUCUUAGAACAGUGAAAGAUGAAAAUUUUAACCCUGUGACAAUAAAUAAAGAUCCCAGUUCCCAGUCUCAGACUCCUGUAGAAAUGCAGGCAUCCUCUAGUCCACCCACAGCACAUAAUUCAUCUGAUAACUGUGCAAAUCCUCCUAUUUUGAAUGAUGAGGGGAAAUUUCUAAAUGUAGAAGUGAAUGAAGUCAUGUCCUGUAACACUGAUGUUCUCUGUCAAGAAGAGCUAUCUUAUAAUGCCAAAAAUAAUAAUGUUGGAAGCAGUCCAUAUUGCAGUGUUGCUAUUGAAACAGAUGAGUGUGAUGCACAGAUGAAACAGGGAAUGCUUUUCAAAUCUGAUGAAACAACUUUUAACAAAGAAAAAUGUAGUGAUCAGGAGGAUAGGAAAAGAAACUUGCAGGAUAGUUCUCCCAUAUUUAAAAAAAAUGAAUGUUUAUUGGAGGAAAUACAAGAAACAUCAAAUCAUUUUGAGAACUGUAAGGAUGUUCCAGGAGAGGUGACUUCAGUUUCUGUUGCUGCUUCAGAUUGUACCAGUCAGGAUAGUCUUUUGGAAGACAGCCCAUCUCCUAUACAAACUGUAGAACAAACCUUAGAGACACCUGACUCUUUGGAUUCUUUAGAUGUAAAUGAGGUUUUAGAAUCUUUACAGGCUCAAAGUCCUCAGAAACUUUUGCCACCAGAUAAACCUGCUGACAGUGGCUAUGAAACAGAAAACCUGGAAUCUCCAGAAUGGACUUCCCAUGUCCCUGUUGAGGAUGCUUCCAAUGUGGAUACUGCUGUGUGUGUGAGCGAGAGCAGUGUCAGUGCUUUGCCUUCUAAUCCAGUCAUCAUUGUGUCAGAAGCAGCAGCUUGUUUGGAUGCAGUGAACAGCAAUUUUGAAAUAACCCCAGUGGUUUUUCUGACUGGAAAUCAAAACUCUUACAGAGACUCAGCCUAUUUCUCUGAUAAUGAUUCUGAGCCAGAUAAAAAACCAGAUGAGUCUGUAAACCUGUCCAGAGAGACUGUGUGUAUUAUUUCCUCCAACAGAGGAGAGAAUCGCACUGAAGAGGUUUGUGGUUUUGAAGACAGACAGCAAACGUGUGAUGUGAGCAAUUACCAGGAUGAUGAUAAUCAAAACUCGAAACUGGAGCUCAACCACAAUUUAGAGAUCCAAGAGAUGGAUGAAAGGAUGCAGGGGUGUCCUGAUGAGUGGGCUGAGGCAACUCUGACUUCCCUGGAAAUAGUGAUGGAAGGUAACCUGAGGGAUGAAAUAAAACUAUCUGAGACUUCCCACAAAAGUGUCUCUUGUGUUGGCACUAACACUUCAGAACUCCUUUCACAAAGAGACUUAAAGCCUGUGCACAACAUGGCUUUAGAUCUGAGUAACAGUGAGAAGUCCUUCUAUCACAUGGACGGACAAAAGCUGAAAGAGCCAGAUAUUGAAGGAAAAUACCUCGGCAAACUCGGCGUGUCGGGAAUGCUUGAUUUAGAAGACGGCGAUGAUGCAGAUGAGGAAGAUGAAAACAGUGAUUCUGAGGAUGACAUGAGGACUUUUCAUAUGCAUAGUCUGAGUUCUGACAGUGAAGAUGAAACUGUUCAUCAAGUACCUGAGAUAGUUACUGAAAAAGAUGAUGGAAAACAUUUGAGAAGCUUGUUGAAACUUCCAAAACCUCUUCAUGAAAGGCAGUCUGAACUUUGGAAAGAUGAGAAGAAGGCUGUAACGUUCUUUGAUGACGUGACAGUCUAUUUGUUUGAUCAGGAAACACCAACGAAGGAGCUGGGAAGCCGUGGGAUAGACGUGAACGGGGAAGGUGCUGGCAGCUCUCCUGUUGCAUCUUCCAGUCCUGGUUACUUAAACAGAUUUGCAAAUUCAGAAAGCUCAACAGAUGAAGAAGGUGGGGGUUUUGAGUGGGAUGAUGACUUCUCUUCUCCAGACCCAUCCUUUAUAUCCAAGGCAGCUAAUAGUCUCAUUGGUUCUAAACCACCCCUUCAGCCAUCAAAGUACUUCUCUCCACCUCCACCAUCUCGGACUCUUGAUCAGAACUGGUCACAUUCAUCCCCUUACUCCAGAUUCUCCAUCUCGCCUGCAAACAUGGCAAGCUUUUCUCUUACACAUCUUACAGAUUCAGAUAUAGAGCAAGGAGGAAGCAGUGAAGAUGGAGAAAAAGAUUAAAUCAAUUUAAACAUGCUCGGACUCCGUACAUAAAACACACAGACUUUGUGUUUGAAACUUCUUUAUCUAAACUCUGGAUCCUCCUGGAGUAACACAGGUAAUCAAGAAGUACUGAGAAAUGGAAGUAAACACUGAAAGCAAUGUUAAAUCAGGACAUUAAUUUGAAUGUGUAUUUAACUUUGUAAUGUAUUUUUAAAUCAGUGCAAUUUUGCUUUUCAUUGAAAGACGAUUCUGCCGCUGUUUUCAAGUACUUGAAGUAUUUUUCAGAUAACUUAAACAAGUAAAGCAAUUACACUACAGUCUGGUUUAUGUAUGAGAUUGUAUAAUAUUCUUUUUAUAUUUUUCCAUGUAGUUCAUUAUCUAUUUGAACAUACACCUGUUGUAGAAUUGUGUAUACCUGUCCUGUGCAACAGGUGGCUGUGUUGAUGGAACUGUUUGAAUGAUAGUUGAUCAGUAGUGAGCCAUAUUUAUUCAAAAAGAUAUCACUACAUAUUACUUUGCUUAUUACAAUUGCACUAUGGAUUAUUCUUCCUUUAUUUCCUGAUGAUGUACAGAAUCAAAAUCUUAAAUCUUUCAAGGAAAAUAAGACAAGUUGAAUUGGCCCAGUUAUCCAGUUUAAUUUGUCCUUUUUGUAGCCUUUUGCUAUGCACGGUACUCGUCAAACGUACAUAACUUCUGAGUAUUAUGUUAGACUUGCUGAAAUCUUAUAUUCAGUACCAUUUCUAAAAUGAUAAUGGUUAUAGAAUGGUUGUUAGUGUUCAUGUUUUAUAGGAAACUGGAAAAGAAUCUAUGAUAUACUCUGGAAUUUUUAGAUGAAAGAGAUAAUGUCUCUUAAUUCCUACAUAUGAUCCUACUGACUGCUUAAACUGUAAUAGCAUCUGACUAUAUCAAAGUUAAGGGCCUUCCAGUUUUUACUACAAUUUCUGCCUUGGAGAAAGAAGAGGAAAAAUUGGUUGUACAAAACUCUGGAAUUUAUGAAUCUUAUAAAAAGACUAAUUUCAGUAGACUGGAUUUGGGUACACUUGGCCCUUCAGUUGUACAUUCUGUGAAUUUUUGAAGCUCACUCUUCUGCUGACUGCAGAUCUGGGCUCCAUUCAGAGGCCUGUGGUAAAUCUACCUCUCUGUGAUGUUAUGACAAUUAAGAUUUUGAUUAAUGGUUCAUGCCCAGUUCUGCACCAAUUAUAGGGCCAGAUCCAUUUUAAGAUGUCUGCAGAGCUCCAUGGUACAUCUUGAAAUGCAUUCUGAGCAAAGGCUGCAGUACAAUGGGUUUGCUCUGUAGGGAAGGGAAGACUGUGGGGGCUAAACCUUCCUGCUCUACCAUGCAUUUAGCUGAUUUAAUCCUCUAAACUGCUUGGAAAAAUAUAUCCUUAAUUAUUACUCCAAAGUGUGUUCAGUUGAAAAACAAAUCCCUGACUUCUUGGAAUGCCUUAUGCAGUUCAGAUCUGUAGGAAACACUGAUAGGAGCAGUUUACCUGGCUUUGUAUUUGUUUACCUGUACUAAAAUACAAAUGCACUGAAAUAUUAAGUACUUUGUAUUUUAGUGGUUGUUUUGGCAGGGCUGGAGAUAAUGGUGGUCCAAGUGCUCUGUGUCCAGAUCCAGUCACCAGAGAAUAUUCAUCAUAUGGAGAUGGGAGGAUUAGAUAUUUUCAGAUGUGUGAUUUCUUUUUUUGUAUACCUCUGUGUUAAUUUUGAUUUUUAAGUAUGUUUUAAAAUUGACAGGCAUAUGGUAACUGGUUUUUUCUCCAACAUUAUUUAGCCCUUAAACCAGAAUGGCUUCCAUACUGACUAAAAGGGAAUGAUUUAAUUAAUCAUGUUCUUUGAAGUUGCCAAUGAAUUAUCUUUUUCUGAUGAGGCACUCAGGUUCAGAGUUAGUCAGAACUGUUCUUCAGUAUGAAGUGAGGAACUGGAUUUUCCUAUAGACCUUUCCCAAAACAUUAUUUAGAAGGCAAAGUCAAGUAGUUCUUAACACAGGCUUACAGUAUAUACUGUAGAGGGUUUAAGGAAGCUGUGUGCUACUGAAAAUAAUUUAAAAUGUUGGUAAUAGACCUUGUGCACAAACUAUUGCUUAGAAACUCCAUAAUUGCAACAUUAAACUCCUUGAUACAGCUAGAUUUAGGGUACCUCAUCUGUCUUUAAAUUUCCACCACAGUAAGAAUGAAACUCCAUAAUGGUCUGCAGGGAACAUUUGGGCUUGUCUGCCUUAUGUGGUGAAAAACUUGUCAGACCUGGAGUUCAGCCUUAAUUUUGAAUCAUUUUAUUUAAAAAAUAAUUCUGGGUUAAAUAAAAGCUUAUGCUCCGGAAUGUUGUAAUUUGGUUGUGCAUUUUGUUUCUUGUAAUUCUGGAAAAUCAGAUGUUUAUCUUGCACAUCAGGAAUUUCCUUUGCUUGAUGGAAAUCUAAGAUUUUUAUUCUUUACCUGGGUUUAAAGAAAAGCUUACACAGGAAGUGAAAGUUUACUCCUUUGUACAAAUGGACUUAUUGCUAAUGAAUUGCCAAAGGAGCAUUUUUUCCAAAACAAGAUGUGUAUAAUAUUAAGCAAGGUAAUGUCCUUUUUAGCUGUACAAUGAAGAGAAAUAAAUAUUUAAAGCUAACUCGGAUCACUUAAACAUAAAUUUUACUUUCAGUAAUCCAGUAGGCUGGAUUGCAAUAAUAUAGACUAUCUUUUGGGGUAAAAAAAUAAUAAUUAAAGAUCUGAUCAACUACUAGCAAUACUUAAAUAUCUGCCUGGCAGUUAAGUGGCACAAUGAAGAUGAAUCAGUAAUUCCAACAUGUUACAUUAUAAUGAGGGGAUUUGUUCCAAAUCAUUCAUUACACUCUGUGUAAUUGCUUGCACUAGCUACUUAAGCCUGGUCUCCAUUUUAGAAGUACAUGUAUCUAUUUUCAAUGGUUUAUUAUGAGGACUGGUUACAGCUUAAUUCCUUCUCUAGUAGAAUCCCUGGAUUGUUUGAAUAAUGAAGGCAUUGUCUCAAUUUGGCUACUAAAGGUAUUUAAAAGAUUUGAUUUUUCCCACCUGAAGAAGUUUGUUUGAACAUUAGGAUCUGUGGUGAGAAGCCAAGAGAGCAACAGGUGUGUCCAGUUUCAGUGGGAACACCUGUACUCUCCCACAUGCCCCAGCUGCAGAUACACUGUGUAUAACUGCAUUGAUGGAAAUUGCCAUUUUCAUGGAAAUGAGCAGAUUUAACUGUUUUUUCAUAUCCUUGUCAAUGCACUAAUGAAAGCCAUUUAAGCCUCAUUCUUUUUAUCAGUAUUUUUAGCAGAUUUUUAUGUAAUACUCAAUCUUUCAUGAAGAGGCUGGUUGGUAGAAAGACUUUUUUUUUUUUUUUUACAGUUAAGCACUAUCCUAAAAUGUCAGCAUUGUCAGGUGUCAGUGACUUGGCUAUUUGUGUUGGAGUUGAUGAAAGGUGGAAUUCAAGUACAUUAGCCUUAUAAGAAAUAGCCUUAAAUAAGAAUGGAGUUACUUCAAAAAAUUACUUCAGCUUUAAGUCAUACAUGUUAAUGGUUUUGGUACAAAAUGGGAAGAAAUCUAGAGGAGAGUCAAACAUCAUAUAAACUUAUUGAAAAUAAGUAUUUGUAAUACCAGCAGCCUGUUUUUCAGAAACUUGAAUAUGACUUACAGUUAGUUUUGUUUAUGAAAUUGUUUGAACUUGCACAGAUGUAGGUGUAACUUAAAUGAUAAAUGGUACUGAUGUGUGUGUAUAUAUAAUGUUCAAUUCUAUUUGUAAAUGAGAAACUAUGUAACAAAAUCAUAGGUAUGAGGUUUUCCUAUUGUAAUUUAAUACAGGUAUGAGGUUUAUGGCAAUAUAUCAUAGUUAAUGAAAUUUCAGGUCAAAAUGUCUUUAAAUUGUGUACAUUUUUAAAUUGUAAUUUCUACUGUAUAUUGAUUAUCAUGCAUAGUGUGAUUCAAGAAACUGCUUGUAAUUUAAAAAUAUUUAAUAUUAAAAAUAAAAUACAGUUAUAUAUUUAUAA